CGGAACCCUUGUAUUUUCCGGGAAAAAAAAAAAAAAAAAAAAAAAAAAAAAAAAACCACUGUGGGGGGAAUGAUGAUCUCAGGUCUGCAUCUCAACAGUUCAUGGGUGUGCAACAGAAGGCUGAAUUAUGCCGUUGGGCCGCAUUGGCGAUAUCACCGGCCCCAGCUUUGGAUCAAAUGCCAAGGACCCCUGAGGAGGAGAAAUAUGCUGCAAAGCUGCGUGCAAAAUUGUCAAAGAAGGCAUCUCAAGGAUUUGGGUCUAUUAGCACAGCUGCUCAGCAACGAUAUUGCAAGUAUUUUGAAGAAGUCCUCAAUGCACCUCAAGCUCCUAUGAGCAAGCGAGGACACGUGACGAUAACUAAGAUCAUUCUCAGUUCGGCACCAGCUGUGGGAGAUAUGCGUGGCUGCCGCCCCUAUGUGAAGGUUUUUCGACGGGGACAUGAGAUUGGCACUAAUCUGGCUCCGGGUGAGUACCCGCAAUUCAUCCAAGAGUCACAGCUUAAUAUACCCUUUGACUUGGGCAUUCCCAUCAUGAAUGACGUGGCAUUGACAAUUCAUCAUUGGACUGGGGAUGCAUACAAGGAUGGCAACUGCCCCCUCUUUGUGUACGCGUUUCAUGCAGGAUUUAAGGAUGCUGGCCUUCAGCGAAUCUACAGGAUUGAAAUGGAUACAGCUUAUCCUGGAAAAUUGGAUGUUCCCUCAGAGUUUUUCAUCGACAUGAUUACAGAGCCCUCUCGUGGUAGGGGACUUUUUAGGAGGGGUAACAAACAAGGCGCCCUGGAAGAGAGGGAGUCUAUGAGAAACGAUACUCCAUGGACAGAGCUGAUUAUGGUUUCUGACCCGAAUGAUCCUCUUGAGCAGAAGCGGGCAAGCAGCCGCUCGCAUAAGCUCAAGAAAGUGCUUCGCCAUGUCAAUCUCGUCAUGCCUACCCAACCUAGUGUCGCAUCCUCUCACAACCCCGAUGACAGUCGGUCGCUGCUCAUUUAGGUAGACCUCAAAGCAAAAGCUCUCUCCAUCAUCGGGGUUGUAGACAUCGAUCGACAUAGCUCACGAGACUCGAUCCCUUAGUACCGCACUGAGGAUUGGUCCCCAGUCCUUCCCGUUCGAGAAGCUAGCGGAAACAGGAGGACUCGGGAAUCUCUCAAACUCUCUCGGCAAGACACUCCACGUCACUUUGUUUCCUUGUUGUUUCAACAACAGCCUUUCAUCCAAGAUAUACUCAGCAGCAGCUACCCAACACGCAUCGUAAUCAAUUCCAUAUGGCCUC